UAGAACGCAUUAAUAUUAUUGCCGGAUAAUACGUAGAUGAUAAAUUUGGAUAAAGCAGUAACUAUAUAUAUAAUACGUUUGAAUUUUAAACUACAAAAAACGAUUUUUAAAGAAUUCCACGGAUAAAACAAACGGUUCUUAGAAAUUGAAAUGUUUCACAUAACGAGUUUCUCGCGCAGAAAAUCAUCGUUAGCCAAUCAAAAAUCGUAAAAUAAAAUGUGUCUAAACAAUAUAAUCGACCUUUCUUGACUAAAGUUACCAGUAUACAUCCAAUCAGUUUUUUAAAGUUGCAUCAUUUCAAGAUUUUAGUCAACUCGACAGCUUCGCCAAUUUAUAAAUCAACAUGGCACGAACAGAACACUUCAUACAUAGCGUUCUAGAACUACAAGAAGCACGUUUCGAUUUUGCGCUCGAUUGUUUGCAUCAUGCGAAUAAUAUAAGAUCCGGCAAUAUUGCCUUUAGUCCGUACAGCUUAUAUGAGGGACUUACGAUGAUUUACUUUGCAUCCAGUGAUGGUGACACCGAUACACGUUUAAAAUAUGUGCUUAAAUUGCCUGAUGAUAUACUCAAAAGUUUCUGGGUGACAUAUAACAUAGCCGAAAGAAUGAAGGAGAAUAGAGAAGAUUCGAACGGAUUUUAUAAUCAAAAUAUCUGUUGGAUUAAUAAGGCCAAACAAAUAAAAGAUAUCACGUCAAAUUUUUUUAAUUCAAAUAAAUUCACAGAAUUAGAUUUCAACGUUCAGACUAAUUUAAUGCAUCGCAUUAAUGAAAUACUGCAAAACGAGCUGCAAAAUUACGUUCCCAAACCCAUAAAAUUUAACAAUUUCAAUGAAUCUAUGGAAUUUAUUCUGUCGUCCGUACUUUGCUUCAGAAACGACACGUUUCAACAACAACAUGAAUUUCUUACCAACAUGCCGGAAAGUUAUUUUCAACGACAACCUAGAACAGUCGUAUCCUGUGAACUAAAUAUGGUGCUGACUGAGUUACCAUUCAUAAAUAAGACCCAAUCAUUUAUCACGUUAUUUUCGGCUGUGCAAGAUUCCGAAACCUGGCUAAUUAAUGAAAAUAUUGACGAAUUGAUCAAAGAUUGACGACCUCAACAGAAAGCAAGAAGAAAUUUUAUAAAAUGCUAAAUAACAUAAAGUCAUCUACGGAAAAUUAGAAAAGAUCCUAUAUCCAGAUCAAUUCGAACUUGAGCACGAAUUGCAGAUCGAGGAUCUGUUUAGCAAUUUAAACUUUAAAUCAAUACUGGAACCCCACGGAGUCGAUAUACAUACUUUCACUCAUUUAAAUCCAAAACUUGGCGGUGUUAAGCACCGUACUUAUAUCAAAGUGACAGAAGAUCUUAUCACCGCCAGCACAGUUAACGUGUUCUUUACCAAAUUUGGAGGAUGCUUUAAUAAUUUCAAAAAACUUGAUAGAAACAUUAAAUUCAAACAUUCGUUUGUUUGGAUGAUUUAUGACAGAUUUGUUCACGCCAUCCUUUUCAUGGGUAUUAUCAAUAAAAAUAAAUAAAAAUGUUAGAUCUCCAGCUGACUCUUGUUAAUCUUUUU